AGAGGGCUCUGGCAAAUCAUUAACCGACAGGAGUUAAUUUAACUACUGCAACUCUGUCUGUGACCCAGAACAUCCAAACACUCUCGCAGGUGACAGACAAUAGGUGAUGAAGUCAAAAUGCGAUUGAUAACUCUCGGCUUUGUCUUUGCACUAUGGUUGUGUACACUCAGCUUUGUGAAAGGUCAAGUUUGUUUCCGAAAGGAUGUUUCAGCGAUUCCUGAAGCUAAAAACGUGGACAUUUCCAACCUAGAAGACACUGCAAUUGACAAAACAGUGAGGUUAUCCUGCGCUAUUGGCUACGUAGGUUUCGUUAGACUCAAAUGCGGCAGUAAAGGAUGGAGUAAAGAUGGUGGUCGAAAAUGUGAACCUAAGUCAUGUGGACAUCCAGGAGACACACCAAAUGGAGACUUCCAUCUUUCGAUUUUGGACGAUUUUGUCUUUGGAGCUCAAGUUCUGUACCAAUGCAGAAAAGGUUACCAAAUGGUGACCAGGUCCAGACAUCGGACCUGCGUGGAACAAGGCUGGGACAGCGCACUCCCUAUAUGUGAAGCAUUGAAAUGCCCAGUGAUUCAAGCCAACGACAACGUUGUGGUCAUCGGAAACAGUGAGGAUGCAACCUAUGGAAAUGUGAUCCAGUUUGAGUGCCAAUCAAAUCACAUGGUACUCAAAGGAUCGUCUGAAAUUGACUGCAACGAUAAAGGAGAAUGGAGCAGCACAGUCCCAACAUGUGAAGUGAUUAAAUGUUACGCUCCACACAUAGCUAACGGUGCAGUGAGCGGGCCCCUUAAGGAAGAUUACGAUGAAGAUGACACACUGAGAUACAGCUGUAACACAAAGUAUAUUAAGUCUCAGGAAAGAGUCCCUAAAUGCACUAAAAUGGUCAACAGUGCCAACUGGAGUCCAACACCAGCAUGUGAAGAAGUGAGAUGUAAAUUAUCAUUGCCACCAACCAUAGGAACCAGUUACAGACCUGCUGACAGAAAUCUGUUCUUGCCUGAUGAACGUGUGACGGUGACCUGUGACUCAGGAUUCUGGAACUCUUUCUCACAUCAGACUGAAAAUACAAUAACAUGCAAAGAGGACGGAAAGUGGUCAUCUUCUACAGAUUGUGAACGGAUAACAUGUGGUGAUCCACGUGACCCUCUUGUGAGUUCUCCCUACUACUGGCAGCGGGGUCAAUUGAGAGGAACUCAGAGUUACACCUGUAGAAGCGGAUUUAAAACCACAAAUGCCUGGGGUGUUGCCACAUGCACAAGGGAUGGCUCCUGGACUCCAGAACCACUCUGUGAAGAGAUUACAUGUGACAAGCCAGAUAUCCUAAAUGCUGUGAUUAAAGACCCGAAAACAAGAUACAAAAUCAAUGAUCUGCUCACUUAUGAGUGUAAGAUGUAUUAUGAACUAUUGGACAGUACUACCAGACCUACUGCUACCUGUACUACAAAUGGCUGGACCAAGACACUUGGCUGUGAAGAAAUAGAGGGAGCAUGUAUCAACCCAACUGUGAUGAAUGGAUUCCUAGUUCAGUCAAAUGAGAGGAAUGUUGAUCCCAGGAAAAGCAAGAUAUACUUUUCCUGCAAUGAAGGGUUCAAACCCUCUACCGGGGGUUGGUGGGGUGAAGCCACAUGUACUGAGGGAACAUGGUCUGGAAUAGUAGAGUGUAUUGAUAAAUCACAAUGUGGCAGAAUCCCUGUCAUUCCCAACACAAGAAAGGUACCUCACAGUGAAGUCUAUAACAAUGAACUAACUGUUCAAAUUGAUUGCAACUUUGGAUACACAUCUGAAACUAAGACUAUAAAAUGUAAGGAUGGAGAAUGGCAAACACCGUUACCAGCUUGUAUACCGCAAGGCGUUCCAUGUGAUCCUCCACCUAAAGUUGAAAAUGCAAUUGUUAAAAUCCUGUAUAAAAAUAAAUAUAUAGAGGGAUUUGAAGUGAAUUAUGAAUGUCGCAAGUCCUUUGAAAUAGAGGGACAUAAAAAACUUACUUGUGAAAAUGGGAGUUGGACAACUCCACCACCAACAUGCAAACAGUACUGUGGUAAGCCUGAGGGCACAGGGAAACAAAUUCUGAUUAUUGACCAAGCACUAGAGAGAUACAAAAAUGGGAAACAAAUAGACUAUACAUGCAUUAGCCCAUACAAAGGCCCUGGAGGAAAAGCAACUUGCAAGAAUGGAGAAUGGCACAUGCCAGUUGAGUGUAAAGCAAGCUGUCCUGAUCCUCCUCCCAUUACUAAUGGAGAUUUCACCAAGGAAAAGAGAGAUGUUGAAGGUGUAAUUACAGAGGUGUCCUACGAAUGCAAAAUAACGUUUACACUGAGUUCCAAAGGCAUCAUCAGAUGUCUGAAUGGAAAAUGGCCGAGUCCUCCAAAGUGUUUAUGGCAAUGUGAGAUUUCCACUUUUGAUGCAGAGUACAAUCUACAGAAUUUACCCAAGAAACAUAAUAUUGUGCACGGUGAAAAAAAGACUCUUCAAUGCAAAGAGGGAUAUUACCAUAAAUUGAAACGUUAUUCACCAUGGAAUAUAGAAGAAAUUGAGGUGAAGUGUGAUGAUGGAGAGUUACAGUAUGGAGAACACAUACCUAUAUGUAGCCAUCGUUAUUCUUAGGUAGACGAUGAACAUAAUGGAGUCAUGAUGUUUGGUCCAUCAAAUGCAAGAAUCCUUACAAAGACGUCUUUAUGUGCAAGGAGAACAUAUUUGCUUUUGUGGUGUCGUUGUCACUUGUUUAAUUUAGGUUUAGAAAAAAUGUGAGCCAUCCAGUAAUGGAGCACAUGAGGUGUAUUUUUCAUCAUUUGACUUUGUACCAUUGUAACAAAAUAACAGUAUCUUUCUAAUCAUCAGUCUCAGCUUCACUAUAACAGUACAGCUAUCUAAAGCUAGACUAAAAUGGUACAUUUGUUGUAUUAGUACAAAGAGAUGUGAUUGUGUGAACAUUCUAUCAAGUUUAUAAAUUGCCUGGCUGGGCUGAUGAGGCAGUGGAUUGCGCAGUCAGUUGGAACAGAGUAAAUAGGCAUUUUAAAGUCAUAGAUUUAGCCGGUGGUAGCUUGUGGAAUAGGCACCGGCUGGAAUGCGGUUUUAACCAAUCAGCAUUCAGGAUUAGACCGACACGCUCUAUAAUGUGUGAAUAUUCUCCUGUAUCUCCCAGCUGUGUGAUUCAUUACCUCAAGGUGUAAUAUAAGUGAACAACUGUUAUGAUUGUAAUUGACCUUAUCAAGACAAUAAAGCUGUGGAAAAGAGAUGA